UAUCAAACUCGUGAUAAUUACUCAUUGUUCGACUGUCACCCGUCGCUAGGCAACGUUCAACGCUUAGCAGCAUUCUAGACAUUGUAAGCUGAAACCGGUUUGGCUUCCUCGUUUAUUGUGGACCUAUGCACUUCCUUAUCCCGCUCCUCUUGAGCGCUGAUUGGCUGGAGGCGUGGCCGUAGGCAUUGAAGCUGUCCGGCGCCAUAUUGAAUAACGUAAGCGGGGCUCUUUGACUGCAUAAACUGAUACAGGGACUUGUCCUGUGUUUGAGCAGAAGAGUGAAAAGGCGAACUUUAACAAGAAAGUUGGAAUUUUUACCCAACUGCAUAUGCGCUGGCCUCGGGAUUCCAAAGAAGAGAGACUGAAGAGGAUAGCUUCCUCUCACCUACCUUGGGGUGGUGUGGUUUUCUCCUAACAGGAGCACCAGCCCAGGUUAAAAGGCAUGGAACCUGUACAAAAAUGCUUGACACCAGUCCCUGGAUCAACUUGUUCUAAGAGCUAUCUCCCCUAACCAUGUAUUUCCUCACUUGCUAAAAAGCUAUUCAACCCCUUCAUGAAGCUAUGGAAUGUAUCAGCCAGUACCACUGAUUCAGAUAAUUCCAUAAGCUUCUUUACAGAGAAACAAUGUCUGCAACAGAAGAGGACACAGAGUUAAGAGAUCUUCUGAUUCAGACCCUAGAAAAUAAUGGCAUCCUUAACAAAAUUAAGGCAGAACUCAGAUCAUCUGUUUUUCUGGCUUUGGAAGAACAAGAGAAAACACAGAACAAGACCCCACUUGUUAAUGAAGGUUUGAAGAAAUUCUUAAAUACGAGAGAUGGUCGUCUGGUUGCCAACCUUUUCACAGAAUUCCUUCAGUUUUUCAAUCUUGACUUUACAUUGGCAGUCUUUCAACCUGAAGCUAGUCUGGAAAAUGGAUAUGACGAUCGUAAUCAUUUAGCAAAGGAGCUUGGGAUUGUUGAAUCUGAAGGUGUGAAAAGUGGUCCACUGGCACUUGAGCUUGUCAGACGAUGCCAUCAAAAAGACAAGAUUAUAAGUGGGGGAGAAAGUGAUAAACCUGUUUCUGUUCCUAAGGAAUUAUCACCCAAGCAACUGUCGGAAGCACAGAAAAAGUUUGAUUUCUAUGAUAAGGAUAAAAAUGGUGAAAUUAGCAAAGAUGAACUCCGAUCACUUUUUCUUGAUCUUUUCCCACAUUUUCAUAGAAGCAUGUUGGAAAGGUACGUGACUGAUGAAUUUAAAGCUGCAGAUAAGGAUUUCAAUAAUGGUAUUAAUUUCCACGAAUUCAUUGGGAUGUACAAGCGUUUGUUCAUCCAUUGUAGAAGUGUUGUAACACAUGAUGUUCCUGAUAUUAUACAUUCCCCACGGAGGUCAUUAGAAGGAAAGGCAAAUUUACAAGCAAAUUAUAAUCAGCAGACUGAUGAUCGGAUUGAAAAAAAUACUCUCUUCUCUAGAGAGUCCAAACAGAAGCUUGAAAACCACAUAUUAACCUUUGAAGCCAAAUCAGAUUUCAAUCUAAACAAGUUAUCCUUUGAUAAUGAAGAGAGAAAAACAGAAUUGGAUGAAGAUUAUCUUGAAGGAGAUUCUUUCUUUGAUGAUCCUAUUCCAAAACCAGAGAAAACAUAUGGAUGUGCUGAAGGAGCGGAUGUUUCAUUAAAAACAGGAGUCAGUUCAAAUUCCACAGAAAGGAAAAGUGACCCCCCUAAGCAUGGUGGAAGUGUUCCUGCUCAUGCAACUUUGCCUCCAUUAAAAACAGAAACAAGUUCCCGCUUUGGAUCACUUAGCACCAGAGAAUCUGACCGAACUGGUGAUGAAGAUGAUGACUACAUUGAUGAUUUCAACAGCACCAGUCAGCGGUCAGAUAAAAGUGACGUUAGUAUUGGUGAGGAAAUAGAAGAAGAAGAAUUAUCUGUAGAUGAUUUCAUUGGUAGUGAAAAGCUUGAAGACCUUACAUUGGAUCACACUAUAUCACACACUAGUGAUGUGGCAGAUUAUUUGGAAGAUGUUUCAUAGAAGAGAGAAAGCAAAAUUCAUGACAUUUUGAAAUGUUUAUUUGGGUAUCUUGAUCAGAUGUAUUUCCAGAACUUCAUACGGACCUAUUGAGUUUAGCUUAUGGCACUGAUCAUGUUGAACUUUCCAUAAGGUUCACAUUCAAAUUAUAGGAGGUACUGUAACUCAGACUGUAAUUAUAUUGUAUUUUCUUUUUAAAUAAAAUAACCAUGUGCUGGAAAAAUUGCAUCUCA